AUGAGCAUCCCAGCAGCUGCUCGCUCAAUCGGAAGAGCACAGCAUGAGAGCAACCUCAGGGAAGUAGAUCCUACGGUGCUCAUUCUCGGCGGUGGAGUGGCAGGCGUGAUCGCUGCGCGGACUCUGUACGAGCAGGGCAUCACCGACUUCAUUAUCGUGGAAGCUCGAGAUGAACUCGGCGGCCGUUUGCAGACCGAGACUAUUGGCAUGCCAGGCAACGAAUGGGUUGUCGAGAGAGGUGCUAACUGGGUGCAAGGCACGCAAACAGCCGACGGGCCCGUGAACCCAAUCUGGGAACUGGUGCAGAAGCACCAAGUCAAGACUGUGUAUAGCGACUGGUCCGGCAGCAUAACGACCUAUGACGAAAGCGGCGCAGUGAACUAUACCGAUAUCUUCAACGAUUCCGACGAUUACUUUACGACGCUGACGGUGGUCGCUGGAGAGCGCGUACAGAAGCAGCUGGUCGACCUUACUGCGCGCAGCGGAUACUCUCUCAUUGACGCGAAGCCUAUGACGCCCGCUGAGAAGGCCUGCGAGUAUUACCAGUUUGACUGGGAGUAUGCGCAGACACCUGUCGAGUCCUCUUUGAUCGCCAGUUCUUGGGCGAACAACUUCACUUACGACCCCGAUAUGGGCGGCUUCGGAGACGACAACAUGAUGUCCAUCGACCAGCGUGGGUUUAAGCACUUCAUCCAAACUGAGGCGGCCGAGUUCCUCCAGCCACCGCAAGUUAUGUACAACGCGACGGUCGCGGACAUUGCGUACUCCACCGAUGGCGUCAGUGUCACGCUCACGAAUGGCACCGAGCUCGUGGCGGACUAUGCUUUGUGCACUUUCAGUUUGGGAGUGUUGCAGAACGACGAUGUCACGUUCGAGCCGCAGCUACCGGAUUGGAAGCAGGAGGCGAUCCAGAGUAUGGUUAUGGCAACGUACACGAAGAUCUUCCUGCAAUUUGAGGAGGACUUUUGGUUUGACACCCAGCUGGGCUUGUAUGCGGAUACCACGCGCGGCAGGUAUCCUGUGUGGCAGAAUAUGAACCUUACCGCCUUCUUCCCGGGUUCGGGCGUCAUCUUCGUGACAGUCACUGGAGAAUACUCCGUGCGCAUCGAAGCACUCUCAGAUGACGAGGUCAAAGCCGAAGUCCUGCAAGUUCUGCAGACGAUGUACCCGAACGCUACCAUCCCCGAGCCGACCGCGUUCUAUUUCCCGCGAUGGCACACCAACCCGCUCUUCCGAGGGUCGUAUUCCAACUGGCCGCCUUCAUUCACCAGCGGGCACCACACAAACCUCAGAGCCACCGUGGACGAGCGGCUCUGGUUUGCCGGGGAGGCGACGAGCAUCAAGUAUUUCGGUUUCCUACACGGGGCUUACUACGAAGGCUUGAAUGUUGCGACGUCCAUGGCGCAAUGCAUCCAAGCCGGUGGAUGCACAGGGCUCGAGUUUAUUCCUGAGAUACGGAAUGCCUACCCAUACGAAGUGUAG